AUCCCAUCGGUCCUAUCUCUUGUACAUCUUUCCAUCCCGCCCAAAUGCGUCAUUGUAACAAGACGUCCUGUUGUCUGCUUCUCUCACAAGUGCCUCUAGAGCCCGAACCAUUCAUGGAAUGUAGACUAUUGGGCCCGUCAACUUGUUAGGCUGUCCCCUCCCAGUGCGCCGCGAUCUCACCACUUCACCAGACGGACCCCUUCGUUACCAACCGUCGAUUCCUCUCGAUUCCGCCGCAAAUCUGCCCUGCGACCUCCGACCCUUUGCCCUGCUCCCCGGCCAUCCCCUACCCACAUCAAUGCCCUUCAGCCUCUAAAACUAAGGAGGACACGAUCUUGCGACCUCUCAGGAACCCCCGAAACCCUCUUGGUCAAACAUCACUGGCUGGCAUAUUGGCUGGCCGCUCCAGUACUCCUCCAUAGGCAUCUGUGUUGCUCUGGUAUCAUCGCUAUUUUCAACAAGACGAUUUCAUUGAUAUCCUCCGAAGUCUCGUGGUAAUCACUUGAGAGAACACCCCACUGACAUUGAUAUCGGGCCAAGAUCUGCCCACGACUCACCGUUCCGUAUUGAAAAGCAGGGUCGGGCAUCUGAAGGGAGUUUCUGAACCUCAUUGCGCUAUCCUGUACGAACGAGAUCUGAAGUGCCUUCUGCACCGCAUCACACAGCCUCCCGACAAGUGGACUAGUGUCUGGCCAUGCACCUACGCCUUGAGAAUCUGGCCCCUACUGGACUCUUGCUGUCGAGGAUUCGAACAUAGGAGGACACUGUCGCCCUAAAAGAGUUGUUGAGUAGCAUCACACGUAAUAUGUCUUCUACUACAUCGCAACAUCCUGUAUUUACCAGGCCUAGACUGCACUCUCCUCAGCAAAGCGUAUCGACAACAUUCAGAGAACGGCGCUUACAAGGUCAGCACGGAGGAUCUGCCCCCUCCCAGUCUCAUGCACACCAGCGCAAUCCGAGCGUGACUUCAAAUCCCGUGCAACUAUCACGUUUGGACAGCGACCCUAUUUGCGCCGAGCAGUUCAUGAGCUUGCAGGCGACAGCCAGUCCAAGCUCCUGGAAUACACCAGCACACGGGCAUUAUAUCGAAGAAAGCACUUCACACCACGAUUCUUCCUUUGAUGACAUCUUCUCGACCGAAGGCUCUUCCGAGAAUCACCUAAGCGAGGAGACGACUCCGCAAGAGUACAUCUGGGAGCAGCAGUUUCUUGCCUAUGACUCUGCACACCUACACAUCCUCGAUCCGUAUUCAGCCACGAGUUACGACCCUACCUCAAGUGCGCUCAGGCCGACAGAAUUCGAAGACGCCUUUGGAUCCUCAAAUGACCCACUCGCAAAAUUCUCUUCUAGCGAGGACCUACGUAGCCAUCUAAUGGACACCGCUGCGCCUUCGUCCUUCCAGCCGUCUACGCCCGCCGAGUGUGGCAACCAAGACUCCCUUCGAAGCAUGUAUACUUCCUCGGUCCCAUCAGGCACCCUUCAAGGGAACAACUCCCAAACGCUCCGGGUGGAUACCAACCGCCUCCGCACGCCGUCUCCCAAUCAUAAAGUAGGCACUUGGCAACAGACGACGGCUGGUAAACGUGCUCCGAGCCCAGUGGUGAUGGUCUCCAGCUACGAGGCCGGCGAUCACGGAUUUUCAAGCAACAUCCAAAGCACUGGUAAGCGCGACCGUGGAAAUGCAAGCUCUGACGAGAACGAAGAGGAAUUGUCCGACGGUGGUGAUGCGGACUCGGAAAGCGGCAAGGUGGAAACCGUAUCUCAUCUGAUGCCUCCUGACACCAAUGAUAUUGAUCGCUCACGGCAUGGCUCAUCUCAGAGGGAAGGACUUGACCCUUACGUCAGGACCGAUGAGGUUACUCUGUCAGUAAAAGACAUUGAGGAACGGCGACAACUGGAAGAGAAGAAUGCUGAGGUGCAGACGUGGCUCGUAACAAGCGAGACCGGUAGCGAUGUUGGUGAAGACUUUCAUUUGGCUCGACGUUCACCAAAAGGCAGCAGGCGCCGUGCUCAUACCGUAGGGGCACAAUUCGACGCGUUAGGCCGAGUUUACCCUGACACGCAUAUACCUGGACCAGGUGUUUCCAUUCAGGUUGAUAGUGAAGAGGAAUAUUCCGAUAAUGAGUCUAUAUCAUCGUCACAGGCGCAAGACCAUACACAACAAAUGAUUACCCAAUACCACGAGACUGGCCCAUCUAGCAUGUCCCCUCACGCUCUGGAAGCACUGGAAUCAUCUGAAAACGCUGCGUUCCCUACAUUGGAGGAUGAGAUCGCACCUGAUGAACAGGAGCCUCUCCCUCACCAAUUCUAUCGUCGUGGGCCAUGGCAAGACCCAGUUCGUGGACCCCCGAGCGGCACGAGGGAGCAGCCGAAUACGUCAAAUGCAGCUGCCUACAAGUUCAACCAAGAAGCGGUCAAGUGGGAAACAGCAUCUCGGGCAGCAACUUGGGGUACGCGUCGUCGGCUCAGCGAGAGUGAGGUGAGCUCGAUUGUAGAAGGAAGUCAAAUUCGACAUCUUUCCCUGUCCAAACGAGGUCGUGAACGUGGCAAUAGCCUCUUAAACAAGGCGCGAGGCCUGUUACCGCGUCGCAGUAGCAGCAACAUCAAGGCUGAGCAAAUCCCAGAGAAGGGGCCUGCAACGAGGACUCAUACUCAUCGGAGUUCUGUUGGCCAAGUCAAACCAGCUCAACGAAUGCCGAGCUUUAGCAAGCCAAAAUCACCACCGCUUGACACAGGCAAUGCUUUCAAAGCAAUGACUGAUCAACUUGCACUUAUCGGGCGAGGAAAUACGAUUAAGCAAGAACCGGACACGACAACCAAAACUUCUCGGUUGAGGAAAAGCCGUAGUAAAAGCGACACCCACAGACACACGAAAAGUCCAGGGUUGACAGAGCUUAUGACGAGACACGGUGGCCCCCCGGUGCCCACGCUUGCGUCUCCUAUGCACGAACGAGAGCCCAUUCUGGCGGCGCAGGUAAUUGACAACGAGGAUGCGCAAGCAGACGAUGACGACGAUGAUCAGACGGACGAGGUCGCAAUUCGGAUGGAUCUGACUAUCAAGGCCGAGGAUAUAUUGCCCACCAUCGAAGGUUUCAAAGAUCAUACUCGCAAGUUAAACCCGAGGCUUGAGGCAUACUUGAUCGACCGCAUCGGGCAAGACCAAAUUCGACGAUACAAAAAGCUUGUCGAGGCCAAGAUUAAGCACACUCGUUCGGUUCAAUUGAACAAGAAUUGCACCUCUGGUAAAUUCUGCUUCGAACUGGGGGGUGAUGCGUCGCUAUUGGCUCCUCGUGUCAGUGGCAAGGACCCCGACUCAACACAGACACAAUUUCAGAUCACCAGUCCAGCUGACGAUGAGAUUGAUGAGUCAGGGCUUGCCGAUGGGGUUGUCACGCCUGCUUUGUUCCCGCCUGGCAUCCCCUUGCCACCCGUGAAGAGGCUUCCCGCAGAGUUCGAAUGCCCUCUCUGCUUCAAAGUAAAGAAAUUCCAGAAACCUUCAGAUUGGACCAAACACGUGCAUGAAGAUGUGCAGCCAUUCUCCUGUACUUUUGCAAAUUGUCCAGAGUCCAAGUCUUUCAAACGCAAAGCAGACUGGGUGCGGCACGAGAAUGAACGGCAUCGCCAUUUGGAGUGGUGGAAGUGUAGUGUCCCAGAAUGCUCGCACGUGUGUUAUCGCAAGGACAACUUCGUACAGCACCUCGUACGGGAGCACAAGAUGACAGAACCAAAAAUCAAAGGUCGAGGCUCUGGCAGCAGUAAGAUCAAACCUGCGAAUUCUACCGUGUGGCAAUCUGGACAAGAGGACAAUGAAGUUUGGCGGUUGAUAGAAGAGUGUCGCCACGAGACACAAAGCAAGCCAAAGGACGAGCCUUGCCGAUUUUGCGGGAACAUCUGCUCGAGUUUCAAGAAACUCUCGGUCCACAUGGGAAAGCACAUGGAACAGAUCGCAAUGCCGGUGCUGGAUCUCGUCAAUAUGCGACAAGUAUCACCCGAUACAAUCGUAAGCCCUAUCGAGCAGCCACCUGCAAUUCCGACGACAUUCGCCGCGUAUCCGCUGACCGCGAACAACGUCGACAUGAACAAUCUGUCUCCCUACCCCAACAGCGCAGCGUCCGCUUAUCAGACUUCCUCUGCUGGGCAGUCGCCGGCUUCGAUGCCCAGUCGUAUGCACAACGGAGGCUUCCACUUCGAGCAACAGGGUUAUUACAGUCCACACACCAUACCUUCAGCAACACAGGCUCAAUCACUGAACGAUGUGUGCGGUGGUACUGGGGCUUAUGCGCAACGAGACCCCAAUUUCAUGGGCACUGGGGAUUAUAUGUCUUCUAGCCUUGGAACAGGACAGGAGCAUAGCCUGUCCCCACAGGACCAGCUUGCCAUCCCUCGAUCUCAGCCUGCAACAGCCGAUUACAGCCAUUCAACAUUUGGAUCGGCAGGAGUUGACUUUAACCAAGCAUCACUUCCCACGAUUUACACCAGCGCACAGUCGAUGCAAGGAUACAUGCCACAAUAUUCUCACUCGGUGCUGCACGGUUCUUCGAGCCAAUCACCGGUGGCCAUGACCGACGCAACGGGACUUGGACUUGCAAACAUGAACCAGGCUUACGGCUACAAUAUCCCUAGUAACGGACAUGGUGCAGGGAACAUGCGGUACCAAAAACCAUGAGGGUGCGACUACGUGCCCAUGGGAAGCAGACCUCGCGUAAGGCGAGUUUUCGGCUGAGGACGCCCGGCCGUGGCAGAACAGACAGACCACUGAGAGCGACGAAUGUUUCAGAAAAUUUCCAGUUGAGGCUGGUCUAGUAUUUGGAAAUCAUCUAUCACUCGAUCUUGUGAGCAUAAUUCUUCUUGUAUAGAUGAUACCCCAGCCAGCCAUGAGUGCCAAUGGCCUUUUGCUGAAAUGAUUACGACAAUAAUGGAUAGGAUGAUGAGUCGAUGAUUUUUUGUUUGAAAAUGCAAGGCUAGAUUACAGUAUGUCAGCCAGGUAGUCAGUCCGUCCUUUGAAUCCAGAAAUCCCUUGC